AUGGAGUUUGACCAUUAUGCUGAAGCAAAACAGGAACAGAAAUCUACUGUUUGGUUAAAGCUCUUUCGGAGCAAGUCCCCUAAAACUCUGUCUAUGCGACUUGCUACAAAGCAUCGACCGUGCAAAACAUUGGCGGCAUGUCUAUGGAAAAGCGGCGCUUUCACUAUAUGUUACCGGGUCAAAUACGAAGAUGGACUACAUGUCAUUGUUUGUUUUGUUGCUCUUGGAAGGGCCAUUCUUCGCAGAGAGAAAGUUCAGAAUGAAGUCGCAACAAUGAAGUAUAUACGCCAAACCACUUCGAUCCCUGUGGGCCCCUACAUUGUUAUGCCGUUUCUUCAAGGAGAGGCUUUAUCAGAACUCAUCAAAGAUCGUUCUAAAGAAGGAAGGCCGGUCCUGAAUUCGCAACUAAGCGAUCGGAGCUUGAAGCAGGCUUAUCGCGAAAUGGCCUUUCUUGAAGCUUUCCCCUCGCACUUAGCGACAGACUACUUUGAAUCGCUUGCUAUGCAACAUCUUCUCCAUCUUCGGCAACAGCAAAGAGAUGCUGUCGACAGCGAAGAGGGCUGCCAGAAGAAGUACACUGCUCGUUGUCUAUUUCUUAAUGUCGCGAAGAACCUCUGCGCUGAGCAUCCUCAGGGGCCGUUUAGGCUAUAUUGCGACAACUUUCGUCCUUCAAACGUCAUGAUAGAUCUCGAGACCUUCCGUGCCUCGGGAGUUAUUGACUGGGAGUUCGCAUAUGCUGCACCUGCUGAGUUUACAUACGUAGCUCCUUGGCGGCUCUUGCUGCAGAGCCCAGAGGAUUGGGACGGUGAUCUCAACCAGUUUCUGCUUCGUUAUACUCCCAAAUUGCGUGCUUUCUUGGAAGUCCUGGGUGACUGCGAGGUCAAGCUGCACCUCUCUCCACGGAUGAAAGACUCAAUGGAGACUGGGUUAUUUUGGGUAUGCCUGGCAGCAAGAUACAGCUCCAUGUUCGAUGAAAUCUACUGGACUUUCAUCGACCAGCGGUAUUAUGAGACCUUCUCAUCUCUUGAUGGCCGUAUCAAGCUUCUAAACUAA